AUGUCAGAACAAAUAUCUACGACUCGUCCCGGCACGGCGAUGGCCGAGUACGAAGUGGUGGAAUACAUGUGCCAAAUGGAUGGCACAAUUCAUCCCGCACUCGGACCUGGCGUACUUUAUGAUGAACAGGGUAAGUGUUGGCUGCAGCAGCAGUCUGGGGGUCCCGCUGAGCUCGACUUUGCACUACUGUAUGACGAAUCUUUGCGGGCGAAGGACGAGUUGCUGUCGAUUGUGAGCAAAUAUUUGGCGAAGAAAAAGAGGCCGCCGCUUGACUUGAGCACCUGUAAUGACUGGACAGCCGUCAAGCAAGGGGUAGACCAAGUUUGUGCGGCCCUUGAUCAAGCAGCUUCACUGAAUGACGAUGCGUCAGGGGUUACUGGAAAGCUCAAAGAGGGAUUUCACGUCUUGUGCGAGAAGGCCGGCAUGGGGAAACUAUUCACGGCAUUCAUACCAAAUGACCUCAUGCUGACCUCACCUCUCUGUGCCGGCCUGAAUCUCAUUUUCAGCGCGCUCGAGCAGACAGGCACAUACCGCCAAGCAGUGUACAAAGCUAUUGAGCAGCUUCCGGAGAUACUCAAUAGCUUUGAGGGCUAUCUGAACAUCUACGACCAAGACGAGAAGCUUCAUCGUAUGGUAGCCAAGCUAUACGCAGAAGUAUGUCUGACGUUGGGGGAAAUACUGCGAUGGUUCAUGAUGAAUCAGUUCCGUUAG